GAGGAAGGAGGGAGGAAAGGAAGGUAAGAAGGAGGGAAGGAAGGAGGGAGCGGAAUUAGUCAGUGAUAGAGGGGAGGAGAGGAGGAGAGGCGGCGGGUUGUUCUGCCGAGGUGGACGUGGCGGGUCCGGCGGAGUUAGCUACAAGUGACGGGCAGCGGAGCCGAUCCGAGGCGGACAGCCAGCCAUGAACCGGACCCCCCGCAGGCUGGUCCCAGUCAGGUGUGGGUGGUGACAUCAGCAGGACGUCUCGCCGACUGGUUGCUGGAUUCCCAGAGACGCUCAGGGACGCGCCCCCUACCUCCCAGCUCCUCUCCUCUCAGGACAGGUAGAUCUCUUCAGAGGAGUGAGGAAGGACUCAGGGAGGGGGAGGAGGAAGAGGAGAGGAAGAAAGUGGACUUUUAGAACUUCAGCAAUACUUCAGGUGUUGAACCAGACUCAGGUGAGGAGGAUUAGCUCCACCCCUCACCAUGACAGACUUAGAGGCUGACUGUCUGAGCCUCGGCCUGCCCCCCGAAUGCGGGUCCCCUCCCCCGCCUCUGGACCCCUCCUUGCAGGUGGACUGCGGUCCGGGGCCCGGCUCCUCGGCCUCCACGCCCACUCUGGCCCUCCUCUCCUCCGACUGCCCCACGCCCACGCUCAGUUCGCUGGCGGCGGAGAUCGCCGAGCCGCUAGUGAUGCUGCCGUGCGUGAAGAGCGAGCCGGAGGACGGAGACCUGGAGCCCAUCCGGACGGUGGACCUGUCGGAGAUCCAGCCGCUGUCCACCGCCGAGCUGGGCCAGGACCAGAUCAAGAUGGAGAUCAGCGGCCUCGACUACAUCAAGUCUGAGCAUCACCACGGCGACCACCACCUGGGCCACUUCCACCACGCCGAUGUCACAGAGCUGGACUACAAGUCGCACUACGAGCCCAGCUCCGUGUUUGACUACAUAUCCCAGGUGACGGACACUCUGGAGUACAUAAAGUCGGACCACCACGUGGACCUGCAGUGCUACUACACCACGGAGUCGGGCACCAUGUCCACCCACCUGCAGCACAACGGCCUGGAGUCCAUCCACAUGGCCGAGCUCCGCACCGAGCUCAACAAGCUGCGGCCCGACGCCCUGCUGAUGGACGGCAUCGGCAAACUGGACCCCGAGUUCGGAGGCGGGGGUCUGUACGAGCUGCAGCUGGCCGAGGAGGGGAAGGCGGCGGAGGCGACGGCGGCGGCGACCGGGCAGGGAGGAGGCGGAAGUCAGGUCAUCACGACCAAAACCCAGAGCCCGACCGUGAGGAAACCUCGUAACAUGCAGGGGGAGAAGCCUUUCUCCUGCACGCAGUGCGGGAAGAACUUCAGCACGCUGGGAAACCUGAAAACCCACCAGCGCAUCCACACCGGGGAACGGCCCUACACCUGCUCGCAGUGCGGCAAGAGCUUCGGCCAGGCGGGAAACCUCAAGCGCCACCAGCUGAUCCACACGGGCCAGAAGCCGUACGUGUGCGCUCACUGUCCCAAAGGCUUCACCAAGGCCGACGACCUGCGGUCGCACCAGCGGCUGCACACCGGCGAGCGCCCCUUCAUCUGCGUCACCUGCGGCAAGAGCUUCGGCCAAUCGAAGGAGCUAAAGGCUCAUCAGCUGAGCCACACGGGCGAGAGGCCGUUCUGCUGCCAGCACUGCGGCAAGAGCUUCAGCAAGGAGACCAGCUACCGCAACCACGUGCAGAUCCACACGGGCGAGAAACCCUUCACCUGCUCGCAGUGCGGCAAGACUUUCAGCAACUCGGGCGUCUUAAAGACCCACGAGAAGAUCCACUCGGGCGAGCGGCCGUUCGGCUGCACGCAGUGCGGGAAGAGCUUCGGCCGCCUCGGCCACCUGAAGGCUCACCAGCAGAUCCACACGGGCGAGCGGCCGUACGCCUGCCCCCAGUGCGGGAAGACUUUCAGCCAGUCGGGCCACCUCAAAGCACACGAGCAGAUCCACAAGCGAGAGCGAGUGGACGCGGCGAGCACCGGCAGCAGCAGCAGCAGCAGCAGCACCGUGGGCAGCGACAGUAGCUAGAAUAAACUCCUGACUUUUAACCUCUCGGAAAAACAAAGUAUUAUUCCUCUUUUUUAUAAAUACUAUAUAUACAUUUUUUCCUUAUGAAUUUUUUCAUACAUUUUCAUACCUUUUGUGCUCUUUUGCAUUUUAUCUGUGAGCAGGGUGGACUGACUGAUUUGCUCUUAUGCAAGUGUCUGUGUGUGUGUACAUGUUGUGUCCUGUGUGUGUGGGUGGGUGUGGUACUGAGGGGCUUGUAGAUAAUCUUUAAACUGGUCUGUGUGAGCUGUAGUGAGUGUAGAGUCUCUCUGGAGAACCAAGUCCCAGUACUUAUUUUGGAGUACUUACACAAGCACAAAUACUUCAGUAACCAAGUGUGAGUACUUCAUUUGUUUUUUACUGAAGCAGACCAGCAGCUCCCGAUGAACCAGGACCCCGUUUACCGUUAACCAGUGAGCGCGUGCGCGUGUGUGUGGCGAUGAAGAGUGAUGAACACUCCUCAGAGAAGGGUGUGGGUCUGUAAACUGUGUUAAUACAUAAAUGUCGUGUCGAUGUUGUAAACGACACAGCGGGAAAGUUUCAAACUGAAAAUGAAGCUUCUCUCAUCUGGAUAAACUCCAGAGGUCAUUGAACACACCGUCACCUUCAUCAGAUGAGUUUCAUCUCUGAACGCUUUGGUCUGACUCCAGUCUGAGCUCCCUGUGAAUCCAGGCUGGUCCUGCUCCGGUCCGGGUGGUGUUUAUAGUCCGACUGAUGCUGAUGAAGAUUUGGGACGAUACAUCGUGUUUUUAACAAACACAUAAUGUAAAGAUGAAGUGUGUAAUGUUAUGUUACACCAGCUGUAAUGAUAACACUCGAGAUAUAAGUCAGGUUAGCAUUAGCAAGCUAACGGUUGCUGAAGUGUCGAUGAACACGUCGUCAGUUCUGUGUCAGAAACAGAACACCUGAUCUGGUUUAGGAUCGUCCUUGUCAGGUUGUCAGUAAAGAUCUUUUCUAAUCUCAUCACUCGAUGUACGUCACAUGACUGAACAGCGCCACCAGUGUUCACGAUGGAGACGGACUUUAAAUGGUCAGCGAGUCUCCUACGAUGCUCUUUAAGAACUUCAUUAGACGGAUUAAAACCGUCUUGGCCUUCCGAUGCUUUGAUAGACGGGGUCCUGGUUCAGAUUCCUCAGUAUGUCUUUACAGCAGUUAAAGUACUUUAACCAGCCAUGUGUGAGUACUUCUGUUUGAGUACUUGCUGCCAGUUUACUAGUAUUUUCCUUACAGGUGUGGGUACUCGCAGGCAUACACUCUGUUACUGUAUUGUUAAAAAUCUGAUGAUAUAAUUUUGAUAUUUUUUAUUGACCAGUAUUGAUUAUUGAUCAGGAUGCGCCACAGUGAUAUUUUUGUUGUUGAUAAUCUGCUGAUGACAUUCCUUCAGAUCAUUCCAGCGUCGUCACGUCACAAACUCAGUUUUCAGUGUCGUUGGGCUCCGGCAGGACCAAACACAUCAGCACAAAGGAACCCAACAAGUCCCGCCCCCCCAAUCCAGAUCGCUCACUGUGUACAAAAAUCUUCUAUUGAUAAUGUCGUUCCUAAAAAAGACAAAGUGAUGCAGCAUCUUGUACUGGAAAAAGAAUUAUUAAAGAAACUAAUGACA